AUGGAUAAGGAUCAAACUUGGUACGGUGGUGGUAAAAAUUUUUGGCAAAAGAAAUCGUCAACUGUUCAUGGCAUGAUUGGUGGCUAUAGCAGGAUUGCAAAGACAGAUUUGAGCACCUCGCGACGCUUUAUUUUAAAAACGAUAAAAACAUGCAGCAAGGAAACACAAUUUGGACGUGCAUUAGAUUGUGGUGCAGGCAUUGGAAGAGUAACGAAAGGGGUCUUACUGCCAUUAUUCGAUGUCGUUGACUUAGUAGAUCAAAAUGAGGAAUUUUUACAUACAGCUAAAGCCAGAUUAUCGCCCGUUGUAACCGACAAGCAUCGGUUAGGCGAGACAUAUGCCUGUGGAUUACAAGAUUUCAAUCCAGAAUCUGCAAAAUAUGAUGUCAUUUGGUGCCAGUGGGUAUUAUCACAUUUAACCGAUGAUGAUCUGUCUAGUUUUUUGUUGCGUUGCAAAGGCGCUUUACGUCGAAAUGGCAUCAUCUUUGCCAAGGAAAAUGUAUCAAGGAAUGAUAAACCAGAAAUUGAUAAUGAUGAUUGCAGCGUAGCUAGGGCUGAACAAUCCUAUGAGGAAUUAUUUAGAAAAUCUGGCUUCCUUAUUCUAAAGCAACAAUACCAAGGCAACUUUCCGCGAAAAUUACUACCUGUAAAGUUAUAUGCAUUGGUUCCAUCGUGA